AUGGCUAACACGAGCAGGAAGACGAACACCAUAACUAACACUACCAUGAAGACGAACGUGAACACGAUCACCAAUACGAUCAAUAGUACGAAAACGCAAACGAACGUUAAACAGGCAACUCGCGCAAUUCUUACAUCAAGCGGUGGUUGUGUCAGUUAUGCAAAACGCAUGCAAGCCUGCAAUGGUCUAAAACUGGGUCACACAUUGGAGGCUCGAGCACGCGUCAAGCUAAGCGUGCGUUAUCAAGGCGACCGGGCCAUACGAAGACAACCAGAGACACAGAAUGAGAGUGCCUGA